UUCUAUGGCUAAACUAGCCACUGUAGCUAAACGCGAACGCUAGUUUGUGGCUGUUUCGACAAAGCGUUUGUAAGUUCCGCUUUUGCGCAGCAGCGUCAACUCGAGUGAACAAAUUGUUGGUGCAAAGCAGUUUGCAGUGUUUUGUACGAUGUCAGGAUCUGACGAGCCAGAUGUUUAUGAGGUAGAGAAGAUAUUAAAGUACCGGAUCCGUCGCAAGGGCAAGAAGAAAAUUGAAGAAUAUCUGAUAAGAUGGAAAAACUUCGGUCCGAGUGAAGACACUUGGGAACCUAGGAAGAACCUCCUGGAUUGUGAGGAACUAUUAAUAGAAUUUGAAAAAAACUUGACCAAAUCAGAGUACGUUCCGAGGAAUGAAGAAGGCACAGAACUGAUGCCUACGCCAUCACCACAAAAGUCGCCAAGACACUUCGACAGUGUUUUGGAGGCAUCUGCUAGCAAGACAUUGGAGGCUGCUGAAAUCAUUACUCGACGACGACUGAAAAUUGACCAGUGGCAGAAAGAGAGAAAUGGAAGCAAAAAUGCAGCCAAGGUCGGACAACUGACUCAAGGGAAACCUUCAACAAGACACUCUAAAUGGCUGUAUGGAACCGCCUCUCUGGGUAUUUUUAUGCUUUUUGGCAUGCUGAUUGUAUUUUGUAGAGGAAGUGAUGUUUCUGCCUUGAAAGAUCUGUGGAAACAGUGGCCAUCUCUUGACAUCCUGCAAUAACUGAAAAAAAAAAAAAAAAAGCAUAUUAGCUGCCAUGCAUCUUUGCAGAGUUAAAUGCAUUGUUGUACAACACCACCUUAAUGACAUUAAAUAAUCAUGCCUUGCAAAGGUAAAAAGGCACAUGUCCUAAGACCAAGAGGCAAUAUCAGUACCUUAAGAUAUGACGGCGCACAUUGUUGUUAAUAUACAAGGUCAUCCACUAUUUGGGGAACAGUUCAUUAAGAAGGCAGCUAUUUAAGGAACGUCAACAUUUCUUUAAGGGAGACAAGUGGCCCUUAGCAUGCUCUCACACGGUUAUGUCUUCAUAAAAUACUAAUCUGCAAUGAGGUUAAGCUUUCAUGAGGUAUCAGUGAGGUGUUUCCCCAAAGAGUAGAUAAUCCUGUAUCUCGUGAACAUAUUUACCCUUGUUUUUAAUGCAUUUUUACUUCUGUUUACUUCAGCAAUACUUUGAAGAGUAAUUUGUGCUCCUUAAUGAUUUCUCAAAACUUGCAAUGUAUCUUUUUUGGAUGACUUGAGUACAGUUGUUUUGGUUAUACACAUUGUGAAACGGGCUUCAUGCUUGAAUUUUUGCCUUGUUGUACUUGUACAGGCCUGUGAAUGUGGGGCUGUUAUCACUAUCACCUGUCAGAAUUUUUGCCUUGUUGUACUUGUACAGACCUGUGAAUGUGGGGCUGUUAUCACUAUCACAUGUCACCUUGUAGCUUUCAUGUUGCCAGAACGUGAAACAGCAGAUCAGAGAUUUCGGUAACUUGCCUAACAGAGUGAGUGACAUGGCUGUUGCCACUGGUGACUGUGUUGCAUAUCUUACAUUCAAAGUGUGUGCCCAAAACAUUUCAUAUACUUAAUACCUUGUUUCUGUGUACUAGCAGCCUAUUGACGUUGAACAAUCGAACAAUGCCUUUAAAUUUUUAGCGAUUGGUUUAAAUACAUAAACUGUUCUAAUAUACAGUCAUGUUAGCUUUUUAUUUUGUAUUGUUUUGUUAUCAGUGCACCAAUAUUUCAGAAUUGUGGUGACCUUAUUGUUAUGAUUUGUUUAUGGUAGUGUCUGUACAUUCACAUAAUAAUGUUACUUUAAUUUUACUUAGUGACCUGGAGGGCUGAUACAUUUUUUAAGCCUAUCCUCGACAUUAUUUAGCCGUACAUUGGAAUUUUAAUAAAAGGGUUCACCGUGGAAGCUGUAAAAACAAUUAUUUCACAUUGGUAGACUUGCCGAGACCAAAACUGACAGAGGAAAAUGCAUUAUGCUGCCAGUCUCACCAUCUACACCUUCAUACUGGCAUGGCCCCACUACCAUGAUGCCGCCAGAGUAGAGAUGGUGCUGCUGCCAGGAAACAAUAGGAUAAAAAUGAAAGCAGGCUGCAACCAAUGAGGGCACUUGCCUGUGAUGCAAUAGCAGUAGUGAUAGUGCAGGGGUUCUCAAGCAUGUUAAUUCCAGGGAACCCUGCUAAGCUCCAUGAAGUGCCAAGGAACCCCCCCCCCCCCCCCUCCGAAUUAAAAUGUCCAAAUUAACAAAUUUUGAAUUAUCAAAGGUAUCAAGAAAAACGAGUGCUUACCACGUCAACACGCUUUUAUUUACUGAAUUAAUCAGCAAAUCUUGUUUCUAUUUUGCACAAGAGCAGUGCAGAAGCUGAAAUUCUCAUCUCGUGAUUGAUUAGCGCUCACAGCGCUGCCACGGCAUCUGAGACGCUCUUUUCACUACCACGCACACAUUUCAAUUAUUUUUUCGCCGGUAAGCUGGUCCCCAACAAAUCGGUUGUCCAUUGUGAUGUAGCCGGUGCUCUUCAUCUUCGACAGCUUUGAACUGAGUCAAAGUGAAACUACUCCUUGUCGCAACUGCUGUGGACGAAACCGCGGUCGCUAUCGAUGCGAAGAUGGACGGCGACCUUGAGGUUCUGAAUUGCCGUGCGGCCGACACACGCACCAAGUAAAAACGAAACUACCAUUUGCUGCAACAAGUCCGGACAAAACCGCGGUCGCUAUCGAUGUGAUCAUGGGUGGUAACUACGCAGUUGUGAAGGCCCGCAGCCGACGCGCGCACCGAGUCAAAGCGAAACUGCUGCGGUCGAAAUUGUGGUGGCUAUUGAUGCGAUCAUGGAUGGCGACUACACACUUAUGAAGGCACCCAGCUAGCCAUCAAUGCGGUGUUACGCGUGGGGAUAAAUGCAAGAAUAAAGGGCACAAUUAUGCCUUGUAGCGUUCCGACUUUGCUGUCAGUCACGUAUCGCGUACGAUUGCCUCUGAGGACCAUGGCGAUGCGGACUGUGCCGCUUCGUUUUCGGUUGGACGCUAGCGCCGUUUUUGCUCUUGGCUAGGCUGACGACAGUAGUAGUGAAGUACGGGUCCACGUGUUGUUCCCUUAGUGUCCGAAAAGUGGCGGCAGUCAACAAAACAAUGUAACAAUCUCGUACGAUAACACCGAUUGUGCUGUUCUGUCUUUGCGAUGGUGCAGAGUGUGUGUUUGUAACUUAUUGUUCCCAUGCCUCAUAUCAGCACGGCAAGAUGCCAACGGGACAUCAAAAUCCAGAGGGGACCCUUUGCUGUCCCUUUAAGAGAUACCCUGCUAGCGUUUCUUAAACGUAGACCUUAGCGUACUUUUUUUUUCUGAUAUCUCGGUGAUAUCUGAGUGUACUUAUAACGAAUAUUGGAUAUACUGGAAGUAUUUUUGUGGCAAGUGUAACUUUGUUAUAACAAGGUUCGACGGCAUCAAAUUAAUAGAAAUCUGAUACAUGUGACAGUCCCAUAAAUAGUACUGCUGUAGAAGUUUUCCAAGCACAAUUGCAGGUAAAGAUAUGUAAAGGAACGAGCAUUGGACAAUGGUUCAGUGUGAUUUGAAGCUGAGGAGCUUAGACAUAAUUGUAGUCAAGCAGUACCAAUGCAAGCUGGGAUGAAAAUUGCUGCAUGAAGCUUAUAGAUGGCAUCUUGGCUUUUAAAAUGUAGAGCUACUUUUCAUUCGAGUUAGUAGCGUGAUGUUUUCUCUCUCGUUAUUUUAUUUUGUGACCUCGACGUGCUGUACUAUAAUUGUUAUAUAAUUUGGGAGUUCUUACCAUCACAAUUUCUGUAUAUACCCCCUUAAAGAAUGCCCUUCUGUGCUUGUAAGGUAUUUUGAAGUAAAUAUAAUUGUUAUAAACUAUGUACAUGUAAACACCAAUCAUAACAGUAGCCUUUGUCACACCUAAUAGUCUUUUGCUCUUCCUCUUAUUUCUCAAACAGGAACAAGUCAAUAAACUUCAAGAUAUCUAUUUUUAUAACACAGGCUUCUUUACUUAAUUGUGUCAUUCAUGGUAACCAGUUCUCUGUCCUGCAUUUUCCAUUUUGUGCUGUGUAUUUUCUCAUUUUUCUGCUGCUGUUCAAGCAUCUGUAUAUUGAAAGCAAUAAAUCUAUUUUGCCUGAUCUGA